UUAGAAACCAAGAUGCUGCGGGUUCACAGGACCAAACUAGGCAGGCUGGGGCUCUGCCUCUCCAGAGGUCUUCACCAUAAACCUGUGAUGGCUGUGAGGCGAGAGGAUGUGAAUGCCUGGGAGCGAAGGGCACCUCUGGCUCCCAGGCAUAUCAAAAGCAUCACCAACCUGGGAUACAAAGUCCUAAUACAGCCUUCCAAUCGGCGGGCCAUUCAUGACCAGGAAUAUGUCAAAGCUGGAGGCAUUAUUCAGGAGGAUAUUUCUGAAGCAUGUCUAAUUGUGGGGGUUAAAAGACCCUUUGAGGAAAAGUUAUUGUCCAAGAAGACUUAUGCAUUCUUCUCUCACACAAUAAAGGCUCAGGAGGCCAAUAUGGGCUUGUUGGAUGAGAUUCUAAGACAGGAAAUCCGUCUUAUUGAUUAUGAGAAAAUGGUGGAUCACCAAGGAGUGCGAGUGGUGGCAUUUGGUCAGUGGGCAGGUGUGGCCGGGAUGAUCAACAUUUUACAUGGAAUGGGUGUAAGGCUCCUUGCUCUGGGACAUCACACACCUUUUAUGCACAUUGGCAUGGCUCAUAACUACAGGAACAGCAGCCAGGCUGUACAGGCUAUCCGUGAUGCCGGCUAUGAGAUAUCUCUGGGUCUGAUGCCAAAGUCUAUAGGUCCCUUAACCUUUGUGUUCACAGGGUCUGGUAAUGUAUCAAAGGGAGCUCGAGCAAUCUUCAAUGAACUGCCUUGUGAAUAUGUGGAACCCCAUGAAUUAAAAGAAGUGUCUCAAAGUGGAGACCUGAGAAAAGUGUAUGGGACGGUGUUAAGUCGCCAUCAUCAUCUUGUCAGGAAAACAGAUGGUGUAUAUGAUCCUGUAGAGUAUGACAAAUAUCCUGAGCGCUACAUAAGUCGUUUUAGUACUGAUAUUGCACCCUACACAUCUUGUUUAGUCAAUGGGAUCUACUGGGAUCGGAACAACCCUCGGCUACUAACUAGAGGAGAUCUUAAGACUCUCCUGGCUCCAGGCAAACCCUCAGGUGGUGGUGAGAAAGGAUGCCCAACUUUACCACACAAACUUGUAGCGAUAUGUGAUAUUUCAGCUGACUCAGGAGGAUCUAUAGAGUUUAUGACUGAAUGCACAACUAUAGAUCAACCAUUUUGCAUGUAUGAUGCAGACCAGCAUAUUCAUGAUAGUGUUGAAGGCUCUGGAAUUCUGAUGUGCUCCAUUGACAAUUUGCCAGCACAACUUCCAAUUGAAGCUACAGAAUACUUUGGAGAUAUGCUUUACCCUUAUGUUGAAGAAAUGAUACUGUCAGAUGCGACACAACCUCUUGAAAGUCAGAAUUUUUCUCCUGUGGUGAGAGAUGCAGUGAUUACAUCCAAUGGUAUAUUGACUGAUAAGUAUAAAUAUAUCCAGAAACUCCGAGAGAGCAGGGAACGCACACAGUCACGUUCAAUGAGCACCAAGAAAAAGGUCUUGGUUCUUGGAACUGGUUAUGUCUCUGAGCCUGUAUUGGAAUACCUGUCAAGAGAUAAAAAUAUAGAAUUAACAGUAGGUUCUGACAUGAAAAAUCAACUUGAACAGUUAAGAAAGAAAUACAAAAUUAAUCCUGUUAGUAUGAACAUUGGCAAACAAGAAGAGAAAUUGGGUUCCUUGGUGGCAUCACAGGAUCUUGUCAUCAGCUUGUUGCCUUAUGUACUACAUCCUAUUGUGGCCAAGGCUUGCAUUGCAAACAAAGUGAACAUGGUCACUGCAAGCUACAUCACACCACCACUCAAAGAAUUAGAAAAGAGCGUGCAAGAUGCCGGCAUCACAGUCAUUGGUGAAUUGGGAUUGGAUCCUGGUCUUGACCAUAUGCUGGCAAUGGAGACAAUAGAUAAAGCUAAAGAAGUUGGAGCCACAAUUGAAUCAUAUAUUUCCUACUGUGGUGGACUUCCAGCCCCUGAACAUUCAGACAAUCCUCUGAGAUACAAGUUUAGCUGGAGUCCAGUGGGAGUUUUGAUGAACAUAAUGCAGUCUGCCACAUAUUUGCUCAAUGGGAAGAUUGUGAAUGCCGAAGGGGGCGUUGCCUUUCUGAAUUCCGUCACCCCCAUGGAUUAUUUCCCAGGGCUAAAUCUGGAAGGCUAUCCGAACAGGGACAGUACCAAAUAUGCAGAUAUUUAUGGCAUUCAGUCUGCUCACACUUUGCUGCGCGGGACACUGAGAUACCAGGGAUAUGCUAAAGUUUUGAAUGGACUUAUAAAACUGGGUCUUAUAAACAGAGAUGCAUUUCCUGCCCUCCAUCCUGGGGCCAAACAGCUUAGCUGGAAAGAACUGCUAUGCGACUUAGUUGGGAUUUCCCCUUCCUCCAAGUAUGAAGUGCUUAAAGAGGCUGUCCUGAAGAAGUUAGGGGGUGAUAAUACCCAGCUGGAGGCAACGGAACAAUUGGGUUUACUUGGGGAUGAACAAGUCCCUCAGGCAGAGUCCAUUGUGGAUGCACUCUCCAAGUAUUUGGCCACAAAGCUUUCCUAUGGCCCUGGAGAGAAAGAUAUGAUUGUGAUGAGAGACAGCUUUGGUAUCAGACAUCCUUCCGGGCAUUUAGAAAAUAAAAUUAUUGAUCUUGUGGUUUACGGAGAUGUCAGAGGCUUCUCAGCCAUGGCUAAAACUGUGGGGCUACCCACGGCCAUGGCAGCCAAGAUGCUACUGGAUGGUGAAAUUCAAGCUAAAGGCCUGAUAGGGCCCUUUGCAAAGGAGAUCUAUGGACCAAUAUUGGAGAGAAUUAAAGCAGAAGGCAUUAUAUAUAACACAUACAGUACAAUCAAGCAAUAAUUAAGAUUUACAUUUCAUUUUUAUCUUCCCAAACAACAAUUCUGAAUACUUGUGUCAUAGCAUACUUAUUAAGUUCUGUUUAAGUGUAUGAAUCAUGAUACAUUUUGAUUAAAUAAGUACAAUGAUGGUUCUGAGUAUCUAUUUUAAUAUGAAAAAUGUUUGAAACAGAGAUGCCCGUAAUUGUCAAAGAACUUUUAUAAUAAUAAUUCUACCAUAUAUUUUCAUAUACAUAAAAAUCAUGCUGAUUUUGCUAUUUGUUAAUUUAUUAUGCAAAUUUUCAUAUAAGAAUGUAUUUUCCUAUGAUCAGAUGAAAUUUAAAAUUUUUACUUACAAAAAUUUUCUUCAUGCAGCUAUAUUUUUGUAAUUUUAAAAUUGAUUUCUUUAGAUGCUUUUAGAUAUUUGCCUGCAAACCUUUGCUGUGAUACAUUUUAAGCUCUUUUGGUAAAAUUGUGAUCUGUUUGAUAAAUGUAUUUCUAUGGUUGUAUAGAGUAAGUAAGACUAAAUCACAAUAUAGGUGAUAAGUUCAUUAGGCAUAGCUAAAGCACUAAACAAAUCCAUUUUUUUUUCCAUAAUAAAAACCCAAAAGAGUAGUAGUAAUGGGGAACUUUGUCAGUAUGAUAAAGAACUAUAUGAAAAUCCCAUAACUGGCAUCAUAUGUGAUGAUGAAUUACUGAAAUAUUUCUCCCCAAGAUUAGAAACAAGGCAAGGAUGCCUUCUCUUUUCAGUUCUGUUCAAAUUGUAUUGGGGAGGCCCUCUUCAGGGCAUUAAAAAUAGUAUAAUCUAUUUGUAGAAAAUCCAAAGAAAUGCUUUAAAAUACUAGAAUAGUUGAAUUCAGAAAAAUUAUCGAAUACAGAAAAAUAUAUAGAAGUGUAUUAUUUAUAUAUACCAGUAAAUGAAACAGUGAUUUGAAAAAAAUAGUUAAAUUUACAAUAGCAUGAAAAAAUAAUAAAAUAGGAAUAAAAUUGAGCAGUCAAAAAUCGUCUUCAGAUUUAAGGUCAACUGAUUUUUGGAAAAGGUGCUAAGAAGAUUCAACAGGGCAAAAUAGUCUUCCACUGAACAAUGAUGGAACAACUAAAUAUACACAUGCAAGUGGACAAAGUUGCAUCCCUACCUCAGACCACAUAUUAAUUAACUCAAGAAUGGACCAAAGUCCUAAAUGUCAUACUAUGUACAAGUUUUAGAAGAAAAUGUAAGCAUAAAAUUUUAUGGCCUGCUGGUAUUGGAAUGAUGCACGCAUGAAACAGUAUUUUAAAUCAUGGUGCCUAAUAAAAAGAGAGAGGGGGUACAAAACAUAAAAACAUUCAAUAAAAUGAAAUUUUAUGAUUUUGGAUCAAGCACAUAAACAAAGGGAAAAAUAUAAAUUAGCAUCAUCAAGAUUUAAAAUUGUUGUACUUCUAAGGACAGCAUUUAAAAAUAAGUUGAAAGAUAACAGAUGGUGGAGACAAAUUUUUGUAAAUAAUAUGUGUUGAUAAGGGAGGAAUUUGUAUUUAGAUGAUAUAAAAUGAGUUUAACUCAAUAAAAUGAUAAAUCCAGUACUCACUUCGGCAGCACAUAUACAAUUGGAACAAAACAGAGAAAAAGAGAAACCCAAUUUAAAAACGAAUCAAGGGAAACUGAGUUAACAGUUUUUCAAAGAUAUGUAAAGUCAAUCAGCACACAAAAAGACGUUUAUCAUCAUUAUCAGGGAAUUGCAGAUGAAAUCCAUAAUGUGAUGCUACUCCCUACCCUUCAGGAUAGUUGAAAUAAAAAAGUUAAUCGCAAGGGCAGGAGAGGUAACUUAAAGGACUGAGUGUAUGCUUUGCAUACAGGAGGCCUGGGUUCAAUUCCUAGCAGUGCAUGGCUACAGUGCAUGGCACUAAACCAGGUAUGCCCCUCUCCCCCAAAUCCAUCCUCUCCUCUGCCCCCAAUGUUGACAAGAAUUGCUGGCAGUGUGAAGAAACUGCAUUUAUCAUCAACAGUUGGGUGGACUGUAAAAUGGUCAAGCUGCUUGAGAAGACGAACAGUUCCUUAAAAGGUUAAACAUGACUCAGCAAUUUAUUAUUAGGCAUCUAACUGAGAGAAAUGAAACACAUGUUCCUAUAAAAGUCUGUUCAUUGAAUGUUUAUAGCAAGCAUCAUUCACAUAGCUAAAAGUUAGAAUAAUUAAAAUGCUUGUCAACUAAUAAUUGAAUAAGUGGAAUGUUUCCUUUCACACAAUGGAUUAUUAUUUGAAAACAUAAAGGAAGCAAAGGACUGAUGAAUGCUGCAACGUGGAUGAGCCUUGAAAAAGUUGUAUUAAAUGGAAGAAGCCAGACACAAAAGACCAUGUAUUGUGUUAUUUCAUUUAUAUGAAAUACUCAGAAUAGGAAAGUCUAUAUAGAAAGUAUACUAGUAUUUGUGAGGAACUAUAAAUGAUUUUAAAUUUCUUUGGGGGGGGGCAGUGUAAAUGCUGUGGAAUUCGUUGUGAUUAUGGUAUUACAACUGUGAACAUGUUAAACAUCACUGAAUUGAAUACUUUGAAUCUAUG